ACUUUCUGCAUGGUGUGCAGUACGGAGGGCGAUUGUGUUUCAUGGUCAGCUACACUUGCAACCGAGUUGUUUUAGCGUUAUUCAACAUGCCACUGGAACUGAAUGACUUGCAGCGGUCGAAGCAAUGCCACCACGUCGCCCAUGCUGCGCUGUGGGGUGCCAGAACAUACAUAGCAGGGAGAGUACUGUGUCAUUCUUCAUGUUUCCUAAAGAGCCAGCCAAACGCAAUGCUUGGGAGAUAAACGUGCGCAAAAAGAACUGCUGUUCUGUGCUCGGCGCACUUCACGGCAGACAGCUACAAUGAUGACCAGCGUCUUCUCGGCGAGUUUGGUAUAUCAGUGAAAAAGCAGAGGCGGCGGCCAGACGCUGUGCCGACCGCGUUUUCGCACCGUUCCGUCCUCCAAGCAAAGGCUCGGGGUGCUUUUGAAAAGCGUUAAAGGAAAGAGUUCAUACGAGCGCUGCAUCGGACUUGUUGGAUGACGGGUCCUAGGACGGGGCCCCGCUACCAGAAUGAGGCCAGUGGCACCUGGAGUCGCAACAACGCGCAGUGACGCAAGCUUGCUCAUGAUCAACUUCAGUGCAUUCCCGGUUGGACGGUGGGCCAGUGUGUUUCGCCACCUACGACCUGCGCACCAUCGACGUUGGAGUGUUCCGGCGGCAAUUUCCUGCAGCGGAUUCUGGGAGCGCCGGUCUACGUUCGAGCAGUGGCUUCUGGUUCUUUGCUCGUCAGUGGUCCUAGUGACCUGCGUGACGCUGACCUACACUUUCUACUACGCACGUGAGUACGGGAAAGCUGAACGGCUCAAGCAGGUUGGCAUCGAGUACUACGACUGCCAGGCGCAGUUGUGCAAGGACGCAGCCAUCGAACUCAAAGACACUCUCAACCUGAACCGGGACCCAUGCAAGAACUUCUACGAGUAUGCGUGCAGCCUGUGGUCCAGCCGAUACCCGAUACCUGAUGACAUGGGCCACUAUUCAGUUCACCACUUCGUCCGAGAUGAGGUCACCAAGAAGAUUUUUGCGACUCUCCGCAAGGGGCCGCUGGAGCAGCGGCUGAGUGACGAGACGACGGCGAUGCGGCUCUUCUACAGCUGCCACGACGUGCAUAGCCGCCAACAGGAGGCGCUGCGGCCGCUGACGCUUUUCAUGCGUAGCCUGUCGCUGAGCGAGUGGCCGUACGAGUUGGGCGAGCGGCUGCCACGCGCUCGCUUCUUGCUGCAGAGGCUCAGCGUCGACUAUGCGCUGCCCUUAGUCGUGUCGCUGCGCGUCGAGCCGGACCCUAGAGACGCGCACGCCAAUUUGCUGAGCGUCGACCUGGCUGAACCCUUGCUGCACGCGGCCGACGACGCGUUGCUGGCCGCGCACGCCGCCUACAUACGGCGCUGCCUGACGCUGAUGGGCGCGCAGGACGUUGCUGCUGCGGCUGUGGCCACAGAUGUGCAUGACUACGAGUUCGCCCUGGCCGAGCUUUCCAAGCAGCAGACUGUGCGGGAGCUGACGGAAUUCAGCAGCGACAACAUCGUUGCCCUGGACAAGCUGCGACAAGGACCCACAUCGCAACUCCUGGCGGGCAUCGUGCGCCAAGUGUACGAGCGCGGCGGAGUGGCUGCGCGGUGCGACGAGGAGCUGCUGGUGUGGAACGUCAGCAUCUUUCAGACGCUCGAUAAGUUCCUCGCCUCCGAAAACCGGCGCAUGCUUCUUAAUUACCUUGGCUGGCGAGUGGUGGCGCUGCUAGGUCCGGCCACCACUGUGGAGAUGAUGAAUGCCCGCCACGCAUUCUACAUGGCCAAGUCUGGUGCCGAGGAUCAGCCGCAGCUCCAUAGCUUCUGCUUCGAGCAGGCCACCCGGAUGCUGCCCGUGGCCGUCGGUCGCAUGGCAUUGCGCGCCCUGGGUGGCGCCGAUUCCGCGCAGCGGCUCGUAUCGCGGAUGGUGGAAGAGAUCAGGGCCUCGUUGCUGCUCCUGCUCCAAGGAAGCGACGUCAGCUGGCUCAGCGAGCAGUCCAAGGAGGUCGCCAUUACAAAGAUCAGACGGCUGAGGCUCAUCCAGCAGCCGGCGAACAGCACGGCGCUGGAUUGGGAACCCCCCGAGCUGCACCCAGACUCGAGCUUUGGCACCAAUGUGGUCGUACUUCUCUCAGCCAGGGCAGAACAGAUGUGGAUGCGUUUGGGAAAGUACAACCACAUGGACCGGAUACCGGUUCCACAAUUGCGCACAUCCAUAUCGUACGAUGUAUAUCGGAAUUCAAUCGUUGUGCCUGCCAUAGUGACUGGACUCUCGACGCCUGGUAUUCUGGCCCCUGAUCUCAGCCCUUCUAUCAACUUCGGCGCAUUUGGCUACCUGGUGGCCCACGAGAUGCUGCGAAGUAUCAUGUUCAGCGGUGGCGUCAUAGACGUGGACGGCCGUCUCCGCAAUUGGCACCUCCGGGACACUUCGGCCAAGUUCCGCAUUCUGGUCAACUGCUUCGAGUCAAUGCUACGUCGCACCAUCACGAGUGAGCUGACAAAAAGGUUGGCCAGGAAUGCGGUCGCGACAUCGGGUGAUGGACAUAUCUGGGACCUGUGCAACUGCCUGCAGUUCGACCCCUUCGUGAGUGCUGGUCGCAACCUGAAGACGAGUCGGCGUGAGUGUGGGUUCCUCGCGCCGACGGCCAAGUUGCUGUUGCGGGAACGGUAAUGACAUGAAGUCGUCGAGCCGGGCAGUGCAGCAGCGUCGACCAGCGACGGUGUCUUGGUGCAAGGACAUUUUAGAUGCGACGCAGCUUUUUUUAAUAUCCUGCGUAACUCUGUCCAUCUGUGGCUCCGUGCCAACAUGCCGCACCACGUUCCCCCCAUCGCAGUUGUUGGAACGACAUCAAGUAGGUCAAAUCGGAGCUGCGCGUUGACGCCACUCUCUCCCUUAUCCGCAGCAGCUGCCGGCUCCUUCCAACACAUCUAGGUGGUGUUGCUCAUGUCCGUUCCCAAGACACUUCUCUCUUGCUUCAUCCUCUCCACCUCCCGAAACGCUCGACCGCAUGUCGAAUGGAAGCACUCUUUCGGCUCGUUUAUCUGCGAUGAAAGUUACACGAAACCCAUAACCCGCCUCCCGUGCCUUUGCGUUUAAAAAACGUUUACUCAAGCAAAGGCUACGCCGUAUUUCGCUUCAGACCGUUCUUCCAGCACCCGCGUCGAUGCCCGUUUCAGCCUGGUCAACGGCGUGCGCACCGCUGCUGCUUCGCAUCCCAUCAUUGUUUUCUUCGGGGAGUUGGUUCAUGAUUUUUUCGGACAUGCGUUGUCAUCUUUCAUUAUAGCUUGUGUGGCUGAAUUCUCUAAUAAUUUUUUUUCGGUAUAUGGCUUGAAACAAAGUUGAGAGGUUGUGGGCGUGCUAUCAGCCUUUGUAAGGUCGUUUGCGCCUGGUGGCGCACUCCUGUCCCACUGAUAAGCCGCAUUUAGAGAUGACAGCGCUGAGCGGGAGGUGGCGCAAUGCUUGCACGUGAUUUUCAUCUCCGUCAUCAUCAUUAUGAUUAGUGCACCAGCAGCGACGCCCUGCGACCAGGUUAGGUGGGCGGACAGAAAAGAUUAGAGAGGCUCUUUUGGCGUGUGGCGGUAUAGGCGCGCAAACGGGUGCCUCUCGCAGUGGGUUCAUCGGAACGGCACUGCGGACCGUUUCCCGUUGUGGCGAGUCGAGCGUUCGCGACGCCGCCUUCGCGGUACUUUGUUUGUCCUCAUGUUUAUUUAGUGUUUGUCCUUAUGUUUAUUUAGCGUAUGAAAAUAUUGUGUAAGGUUGUUUAGUGUGUGGAUCACUAGUGAUGUAUUCAUUUGGCUGACAAUAUGGACGUUGUAAAAGUAGUUUAAUAAAUGUGCCUUGGUUUGGUCCAA